AUGUUACUCUCCUAUUUAAGUGUCCUUUUGACUUGUGGUAUUGCCUUAGGACAAUAUGAACGAGAAAAUACUCCAGCUGAACGAAUGAGAAUUUUAGGUCCCUUGGCUUUCGGUAAUGCUCGUAUAGCGCUUAACUGCCCAGCAUUAGCUCCAUCACCAACAAUUCCAACAUCAGUUCAUGCUUUACGACCAACUGAUAUACAACAUACAGGAGCGAUGGGCGAUAGCUUAACAGCAGCAAAUGGUGCUAAGGCAACGACAGUCGUUGGUGUUCUAGUCGAAUAUCGAGGUGUUUCAUGGAGUAUUGGUGGAGAUCAAAAUCUUCAAAAAGUCGUCACCUUACCCAAUAUUAUACGACAAUAUAACAGUAAAUUGGAUGGUUAUUCACUUGGAACUGGUAAUCGUGAUUCACCAAAAGCUGGUUUUAGUGUUGCAAAAGCUGGUGCUGUUUCUGUUGAAAUGCCUGAUCAAGCAAAUAUGCUUGUUGAUCGAAUGAUUAAGACAUUGGGUGCUGUAAGAUUUGCUGCAGAUUGGAAAUUGGUUACAUUCUUUAUUGGUGGUAAUGAUCUUUGUGGUUAUUGUAAAGCUAAAGAUCGAUUGAGUGUAGCUAAUUAUAAAAAGAAUGUUAAAGGUGCAUUAGAUAUUCUUAAAGCUCGAAUGCCUCGUACUCUGGUUAAUUUUGUAACUGUUCUCAAUGUUGCUGAACUUGAAGAUUUACAUGAAGGUGUUCGAUGUCAAACAUUACAAAAUUUUCUGUGUGACUGUGCCGUUGAUAAGAAAACACGUGAGCAAGUACGUGUAGCAAAUAUUGAGUAUCAACGAGUAACAACUGAAUUAAUUGAUUCGGGUAUUUAUGAUACAUCUAAUGAUUUUACUGUUGUUCGACAACCAUUUAUGGAACAUAUGAAAGUACCUGCUAAGGGCGAUGGUUCAGCUGAUUUCUCAUAUUUUUCACCUGAUUGUUUCCAUUUCAGUCAAAAAGGUCAUGAAGCUGCUGCUAUUGAACUUUGGAAUAAUAUGAUGCAAAAAGUUGGUCAUAAAUCAACUACCUGGAAUUUAGGAGCUACACUUCAAUGCCCUUCUACAGGAAAUGGAUAUAUUUAUACAUCGAAGAAUAGUGCUUGA